AUGUGGCUACACCUGGGCCUGAUUCAAGGUAGCCUGUACCUGCAGCUGGUCAUGCUCAGUUUCGCCGACAGCUUCAGGCGGGCAGUUCCUGGGCCCCCUAUGACGGAUGAGCAGCGAUUGUUCUGGAAGAUUCUGCACAACUACGACAAGAACACACGGCCUGUGUUCAACUCCUCGCACCCUGUCAAAGUCAACAUUGGAAUCACAUUGACCCAGAUUUUCGACUUGGACGAGAAGAACCAAGUUCUGACCACCAACGUGUGGCUCGACCAGCAAUGGACCGACGAAAAGUUAGUGUGGAACCCAGAGGAUUUUAACGGACUCCAGAAGUUGCGGAUUCCAUGCCGGCAUAUUUGGAAACCAGAUAUAGUUCUCUACAACAGCGUGGAAGACUACACAGACGGCUACAUGCAGGCGUUGGCGAUGGUGUCCCACACUGGCCAGGUGUUCUGGCCGCCUAUAGUCAAGUUUUACAGCACUUGCCAGAUAGACAUCACCUACUUCCCAUUUGACGACCAAAUCUGCAUGAUGAAACUUGGCUCUUGGGCCUACGAUGGAUUUCAAGUAGAUGUUAACAACCGUUCUCUGCCCGUCGACCUUAGCAAUUAUGUCAGUAACGGUAAGCAGCCCAGAUAUUUGAAUCAUUGUCUCUUAGGACCCCACUUGUUACAGUCUGAAUGGCAGCUUAUCAGCGUGGUGGCCAAGCGUAACGUGGUCUACUACCCUUGUUGCCCGGAACCGUUCCCUGACGUGACCUUCACGAUCCACCUGCGGCGGCGCACACUCUACUACACGCACAACGUCAUCAUCCCCUGCGUCAUGCUGUCCUGUCUCACCCUGCUGGUCUUCUGGAUGCGGCCGGACUCUGGCGAGAAGGUCACCCUGGGACUGACUGUUCUCCUGGCCUUCUCUGUCUUUAUGUUGCUGAUCGCCGAGAACAUGCCGGCCACGUCCAACUUUGUACCUCUCAUAGGUGUGUACUUGACUAUGGUGAUGGGAAUCACCUCGCUGUCCGUCAUGCUGGCCGUGCUUGUCUCCAACAUCAGCUACAACGGCAACCAAGACAUACCGCUCCCGAAAUUUGUCAGAUAUGGCGCCAUUUUCCUAGCACGCAUCACGUGGUACCGGCUGUUAUACAUCCAGACCGGAGACUCCAGCAGCAGCGCCGCACACACCGCCCGCCCGUCGCAGCCCAAGCGGAAGCUUUACCAAGCCGGCAACUGCGCCCACAUCUCUAACGACUCUGGAUGCGGCUUGCUGGACCUGGAGAUGACAGAAAACCUGACCAGUGUGGAGAACAACAACCGAAAUCCCUCCAUGGAGGUUCCGUCACUUCCGUCCAGCAGACGCCGCGGAGCAUCGCCGAGAGAGGACGAGAUUGAUGUCAUUAUGAAACUUCUCCAGAAAAUUUUAAUAAAAGAGAAUUCGAAGGAGGAGAAUAAGGGCGCCAGUCUACAGUGGGAGGAAGUGGCGCGUGUCCUGGACAGGUUUUUGUUUUACUUGUUCUUCUUGUUGACAAUCUUGGCUUCUUUGGUGACACUGGUUAUCAUGCCACUGGCCAAACCGGCAGUACCGUCACUGGUAAACUAUACUUGA